AUGGGCGCCACCAAGACGUCGAAGGAAUGCGAUCAAAUCAAUACUGACAAGAUCUUGUCAUUCGCCUCGUUGGUGCUCAAAAUUUCCACGGAGUUCUCGUCAAGCUCAGAAGAUGUGCUCAUGGCCCAGGUCGACUCGGGGAAGUUGACCACGCUCAACGACGCCUGGAACUCCAUCAAGUCCACGUCCGUCGUUCAAAACGCCUUGAAAGCGUACGACGCCGCCAACCGCCUCGUGUCGGGGUACCGGGCCAUCGAGGACCUCGUAAAAGAGGUCAGCACGACGAAAGACUUCUACUUGACGUGCGACAAAGUUGUUGACCCAGACGCGUGCAUCUCCGAGGAUUAG